CUAUUUUUCAUCAUUUCCACCCUCUUUCUCCGCCCAGAAAUUAUUCUCCAAACCAAUUUUCAAACGAACAACCAAAGAAAAACAAAAACCAAUAUGCUGUUCUUACAUUCCCUCCAUAAUUCAACCAUUUGACCCACCAAUUCACUAAUUAUAAUUCUAUUAUCAUUCCCAGAUGAACUACGACAUUUACAAUUAUAACCAUAAUCACAAUGAAUUCAAAACGUUGGGAUUCCAGACGAACAAUGACCAUGAAUUGGGAUGGUUUAGAGGACGAAGACGACGAUUUCUUCGACACUACCAAUCGUAUAUCCGCCGUCGUACCCAUGGAUAUGUUAAUCGGACAUUCUGAUGAUGGCUCUGACGAUGACGACGAGUUUGAGGACCCACGUAUGUCGUUUGCUUCCGUUGUAUCAUCGUCGUCAUCAGAAGGAGGGUCAUUGCCAUUGAAUUUGGUGGGUCCUACUCCGCCUCUUGCACCGCCGUCAACAGAGAAUUAUGAUAUUUGGAUGUCGGCACCGACGUCGAUACAAGAGCGUCGACGACGGUUGUUGCAUGGUAUGGGGUUAAAUAGCAGUAAGGAGCUUGUUAGGCUACGUACAAUGGCUAUGUCGAAGAAGUUUGUUACGGCGGCAGGAUCAGGAACGGGAACGGGAACAGGAGGACACCCUCCAUUACCACCGAGUUCUAAAGGAGAAGAACACAGAAAACCUCAAGAGGAAACUGCUGGAUUAUCUACAGAGAAGAAUGUUGAUGAUAAUGAUGAUCAGGAUUUGGAUUAUUUAAUGGGAUCAUUCUCCCCAGAUGAGUGUGCGUUUUUGGUUAGAUCAAGAUCUGAUGGUGACAUUGACCCGUUUUCGAUUGAGACGAAACGGAGGAAAGAGCAUUUAAUUGGGAAUGUCUCGAAACAGAGAUUAACCAGAACAUCAUCUACAUUGACGCCAUUUACACGUCUCUGCAAUUUUAACUACAUUUCCAUGGAUACGAACAUCAAUAGCAGCAAUACCACCACCUCUUCUCCGUCAACCAACAAACAAACGAAUGAUCAUGAGAAGGAGGGUAUUAGCAAAGUACACAAAAAACCUACUAAUAAAAAUGGGAAAAAACCCAGAUCAAAUAAGCAAAAAAGCAAUAUGGUUGUUAAAGGAGGAGAAACAAUUGGGGCAUUUUUUCUGAUAAAGAAUUUAGAUACAGGAAAAGAGUUUGUGGUAAAAGAAUUUGCAGAAGAUGGGAUGUGGAAUCGAUUGAGUGAUCUUCAAACAGGGAAGCAAUUAACAAUGGAGGAGUUUGAGAAAUCAGUUGGGUAUUCCCCAGUUGUGAAGGAACUCAUGAGGAGAGAAAAUGGCCGGCGGCAUAGCAGCGUUGAUAGCAAUUCUGGGUCUCUUGAACGAAAGGGUAGUGUCAAUGCUUAUUUGUCCAAGAGUUUUAGGAAUAGUAAGAGAAGGGGAGUUUCUUUGCUUAAGAAUAUCAACAAAGUAGCAAAUUCAGUCACAGGUUUAGGUGGCUCGACGCCGGAAAAGGAGCAGCACUCGGCUCCUCCGAACGCAAUUCCGGUGUCGAUUCCAACACCGACUCCUGUGCCCACUGUUUCAGACCCACAAAAAGGAGGGAAAGUUAGUGCAAUUCCGACUAAUAACGAAUGGGUUAGGGUAAGAACACAGGGAAAAGCAUAUAAAGAACUGACUGCGCUUAGAUUUUGCCAGGAGAUUCAAGCACACCAAGGAUCAAUUUGGACGAUUAAAUUCAAUUUUGAUGGAAGGUAUUUAGCAAGUGCAGGAGAAGAUAAAGUGAUUCAUAUAUGGGAAGUACAAGAAUGUGAGAUUGCAUCUUUGAAACCACCUGAAGAAGCUGCUAAUUCUACACCAGUACAUCCUAUGUCCUGCCCGUCCCCUGACCGGGACAAGCCCCCUCUUGCCCCUGAUAUGUCGACAUUGGAGAAGAAGAAGAAGGGUCGAUCGGGUAGUCGGAGAGGGAGUAGUAUGCCUGAAUAUGUUCAUUUGCCUGAGACUGUUUUCACUCUCUCCAAUGAACCUAUUUGUUCCUUUGAAGGCCAUCUUGAUGAUGUGCUUGAUCUUUCUUGGUCUAGAACUCAGUUGUAUCUGCUAUCAUCUUCAAUGGAUAAAACGGUCAGAUUGUGGGAUUUGGACACAAAGACUUGUUUGAAGUUGUUUGCGCAUAAUGACUAUGUUACUUGUAUACAAUUCAAUCCGGUGAACGACGAAUAUUUCAUCAGCGGAUCGCUUGAUGCUAAGGUUCGCAUCUGGAGCGUACCAGGUCGACGAGUUGUUGAUUGGACAGAACUUCAUGAAAUGGUCACUGCUGCUUGCUAUACUCCUGAUGGCCAGGGUGCUGCAGUAGGUUCUCACAAAGGGAAUUGUCGCAUGUACAACGUAACUGACGGGAAAUUAAGUGAAACAAUCCAAUUUGAUAUCCAGAGCAAGAAGAAAUCAACUCCUAAGAAAAUCACUGGAUUUGAGUUUACCUCGGACAAUCCAAAUGAAGUUCUUAUAACCUCAGCUGAUUCAAGGAUACGAUUAUACGAUGGCACUGACGUUGUUCAAAAAUUUAGAGGAUUUCGAAACACAAGCAGUCAAAUAGCUGCUUCCUUCAGUCCAGAUGAAAAGUAUGUGAUAUGUGGGAGUGAAGAUUCAAAUGUGUAUAUAUGGAAGCGAGAAGAACCCAGAAAUGGUAAAACAAAGACAAUCAUUGACACGAGCUCCUACGAGUGUUUUCAGUGUAAGGAUGUGUCCGUGGCUAUCCCUUGGCCCGGUAGCAUAAAGUUUGAGCCUCCGACUAUAAACCUACACCCCAAGAAGAACUCGAAAAAACCAACUCCUUCAGCCACGAAUUCCCCCAAAAAAGAAGAAGCUAAUAACAAGAACAAACGACAACUCCCUCCAUUACCAAACAAGAAAAACCAUAAUGCAACCGCUGAGAAAACUUCCCAUAACAAUAACAACGAGAACAUAAACAACAACAAUGAUGAACACAAUAACAACAGUGAGAACCCUGCAGAUGGUGAAAAAUCUCCGAAUAGUCCAGAAGCAGACCCAUCACAAAUAAGUAGGACAGAGUCAGGAAGAGAUCAUUCCUUUUGUUCAUCUACUGGGGCGUCAAUUAGAUACGGAGACUCACCAUCAAUUUGUUCGGGUCAAAGUUCUUUAUCGCCUUCGUGGGCCCCUGGUUGGUCAUGGUUUGAUGGGAGUGGAAGCCAUGGAAGUGACACUAUGCAAGCGAAUGCGUGGGGAUUGGUCAUUGUGACUGCUGGCUUAGGAGGAGAAAUCAAGGCUUAUCAGAAUUUCGGAGCACCACUCAAGGUUGGGCGUCAAUCUUUUCUAGCAUAAAUUGAACGUUUUGUGAAGUUUUAUCAUUUGUUGAAUACAAUACAAACGAUUCAAAAUUAACUUUUCAUUUGAUGGAUUUUGGGCACUCCGAUCCAGUUAAGGAUGUACACAUAUGUUGAAAGAAAGUAUUCUUCUAAGAUUGUGAAUGUUACAUGUUUAAAUGAUCUCUGUAAAGUAUUAGGAUUUCUAAUAUGUAGUUUUGUUAUAGAAUGAAAAUGAUACUUCAUCUUU